GGCCGCCGCCGUUUACCUCACGCCGAGCUCCUCGGCCGCCCGCGGGGGGGAACCGCGGGCGCAGCGGUACCUGGAUUUUGUACAUUCGAAGGAAAAGGAAUGCUUCGGUUAUUCGUGUGUGUGACUCAAAGGACUUCUGGAUGAGGUGCAUGUCUAACAGUUCAGAAGUGGUGAAAAGGAUGUUUGCAAGUGCUGAGGGAAGUCUGUAUAGCCUGGGGAAAGAAUGUAGACCUGAAGAGACUAAUAGUAAUAAUAUAUAAAGAUUCUUCUUAAUCCUGGGCUAUAGUCAGAAGAAAUCUGGACCAUCCACAGAAAAUAGUCUUGGAGGUACAUUGCAAGUAGAGGCCUAAGAGUUUUGCUUUUCAUGUACAAUAAUACUCAGCAUGUUGUUAUUCUAUCACAUGCUAGCCAGAGCCUUUCUUCCGUUCUUCAUCCUGUCAGGAAAUUGGGUUUCAGCUGAGAACAUCAACUUUUACAAUGUGAGACCUCCACUAGACCCCACUCCGUUUCCAAACAGUUUUAAGUGCUUUACCUGUGAUAAUGCAGUGGACAAUUACAACUGUAACAGAUGGGCUGAAGAUAGAUGGUGUCCUGAAAAUACUCAGUACUGUUUGACAGUUCAUCUCUUCACAGACCAUGGGAAGAGUACAUCAGUCACCAAAAAAUGUGCUACUGGAGAAGAAUGCCAUUUUGUAGGCUGCCACCAUCACAGGGAAAGUGGCCACACAGAAUGUGUUUCUUGCUGCGAAGGCAUGAUUUGCAAUGUAGAAAUACCAACCAAUCACACAAAUGCAGUAUUUGCUGUAUUGCAUGCCCGGAGAACAUCGGAUGGCAGCAGGCGGACAGUCAACAUGGCAGUGCUUGUAUCAGUCAUGAUGAUCACGUUGUUGUGAUGCAGCAUCUUCCCAUUAUAUCUGCUGGAGAGGGUCCGCCUUUCUGUGGGCCAUAAGAAACUGUAAGAAGAUUGUUAGAGUAUGUGCAAGGAGAAAUCACUGAUGCUUCUUAAUUACAGAAAAUGUAAGGGGACAGUGGAAAGCCAAGUGUACAUCAUGAAGUCCUUGGAUAUUUUUGUGAAGAUACUUCAUAUGGCCUGCAGUAUUUAAAAAAAAAACAAAACACAACAACCCACUGGUUGACUAGGCGGUGGGGUGAACUCAAGUUAUUAUAAUUCACUAUGUUAUGAUGAAAAUGCACAUAUGCUUGGCAUGUUUUUCGAACAGCGAAAAGUGUCUGUAGACAAUCACUUUCCCAGGUGAGAUAAAAAGGAACUUUCGAUGGGCAAUGUGCCAACAGGUAUCUCAAUGGAAACUGGUUUUAAACUGGUUUUCGUUGUGCAUAAAUAACAUGGAGUUUCUUGUCUUGAUCAACAGGUGUAUUUAAGCUUAUCCUUAGUUAUGGUUUUCAUAGAGAACAUGUAUGGUUUUCAUAGAGAACAUAUAUGAGAGAAUUUUUUUUUCUGUUUUGAUCAGAGCUAUCAUUUCUACUGGAAAUAAUACAAAAUAAUACUUUAUAUCUUUCUUUUCUGUAAAAUGUUGUCUCACACUCAGGUUUUAAGACAGUGUGAAGGUAUGUAGAAUUUCUGUCUAAAAAUUAUGAACUGUUUGAGCACCUAAAUCAGAAUUCCUUUCCCUUCCACAAAGGAUUAUUUUCUUGCAAUAGAAUCUCACCCCAGCUGAAUCUUUGUCUUUGUGAUAUUGUUCAAAGUGGUGGUAACACCAUGACUUUGAAAUUGCAGCUUUGGUCAAGCAGCUACAUUAUCAUAAAAAUUGUAAGUGGGCAUUUGGUAUAAGUAAGGAGAGAAGUCUGCUGUGUUCUCUCUUGAUUUGCAGAAGUUUCUCCCAGAAAUGUUACUGUCCAUGAUGGAUCUUCGACUUGUAGGUCAGCACUGUUAGGUACCCCAGACCUCUGGACAUCAUUGUUAUGUAGCUUUGCCGCCCCCAUUUGAAAAAUUUGGGCCAAGAUUCUAUUUUUCAUUACAAUAUUGGGGGGUUUAAUGUGGUUUAUUUGCAGUUUGACCAUUUGACUCCUUAGGUUUUAAAUGCCUGUUUACCAGUUAGAUGAACAGCUGCAAAUUUGACAAAUAAUAGAGUUUAGAUUACAGUUAGAUCUACUAAAACCUUCUUUGUUUUCCUGUGUAAACCUUGUGAUGUAGACCAGCAUAAAUGAGCCACUUGUGUGAACUCUCACACCUUCUAGCACAGAACAGUGCUUUCCAGGGCUCUGAUAGAUCGAGCUGUUAUAGACUGGCCUAAACACAGUCUUUAAUAGGUCAGACUUACAGCAUCUGCAUUGGUUACUUCAUUAAUGCUUAUGUUCUUUGCACUGCAAACGCCCUGAUUGUAGAGACCAGCAGGUACUGAUAUUAUAGGACUUCUCAGUAUGGUUUUAUGUGAUCCAAAAUCCUAACAAAUUUCAGCUGCUCCUGUUUGCCCAAUUGCGUUUCUUCCAACUCCUUGCCAUCUACAUAAACUUUCUCUGACAACCUAAGAUACUGUAGCAUAGCUAAGGAUUUCACCCAGCAGGGUUGAAGAACUGCAUUUCACUUUUUUACAUAAAUAUUGGCUUAAUUAUUUGCUGUCUUAUGUCGCUAAUGUAUUUAGACUAGCAACUGAAAAACAGAUUUUGAAAUGUUUUCAGUUUUGUUUACAUUCUAAAAUUGCCUACACAAUAUUUUUAGAAUACAUAAAUAUGUCUAAAAGUCAGUCUGUGAUUUGUUGACAGGCAAUUGCGUAGUUUCAAAAACUGGAUGGGAACACUUUUUCCUUGCCGAUGCAAAAUACCUCUCACUGUCUAAGUCAAGGUUUUCCAAGCUCUGGGUUCUGAUGACCAUUGCUGUGCCAUGCAACAGGCCAAGAUGCUGAGGAUGUUUUGAGGAAAUUUUUCCUUUGUUCAGUGAUCACCUCUAGGUAACAUAUCUAUAGUAUUAAUCUUGGUGUCAGACAUAGUACAUUCAAUGUUUUUCAUCAUUAAACAUCAUCUUUUGCUACACAAUCUACAGGGUGCUUGAACUUUUUUUGUGUGGGAAAAUCAUUCCAGGUUUGCUCUCUGCUCAACGGGGAAUUCAUUAGUAAAGUGAAACCAGUUGUCUUCCACGUUUUGGGUCGUGGUAUUUUUCCUGGUUUUGCCUCUAAGCACUAGGUGCUCCCAUAAUUCAGUUUCUGGGAAUAAUUAUUGCAAUCUUAACAAGGCCUUAAAGUACCCUAUAGUCUUAUAUGAAUUUACUGUAAAUAAUUUCCAAUAAUCUAAGUGCUGACAUUUGUUUACACUGCAAAUGCCAUUCCAGAGCAUUUGGGAGGCCAGGGAGACCCUGGAGAGCUGCCCAGAGGGAGGGCGCAGGGGCAGAGAAAAUGGGCUGCAGGUUCUCUGCAAUUGCCAAAAGACCUUUUGGGAGGGGACGUCUCUGUCUGUUUGUUUUUCUUGGUUGAACAUUCCCCCCCACCCCCCGUUUGCCAUACUGAAAAGUUAAGAAAUCCACUCAUAAUUUAAGUACUUAAUGCAUUUAGUAAAGAAUUGUUUGGAAUAAAAAAAAAAAAGAACUCCACUGAAGUGAAAAAUAGUAUGCUUGAUUUUAAUUAUAAUCUUUUUAAAAUUAACAAUAAAGACAGCAACCUGGGUAUAUGAAAGGAUUUGGUGUUGCCAAAGCUUUAUUUUUUAGCGUAAUAGAAUUCCAGUAGUGGAGAUAUUAAGGAUGAGUUCUAGUCAUCUUGAUACAUCAAUACCUUUGUUAUUGCAAAGUUUAGGACUGUUGUUUCUAGAAAAAUGAAUAUGCAAAAGCUGUUAAUGCAAUGUUAAUGCUGCACAAAUAGGGACUUGGCUGAAGAAAUAUAGAAUUUAAGAGUGAAUAUCAAUUUUACCCUUUGCUGCUUUUUAUGUAUGUAAAAACCUGUAUGCUUCUGCUUACAUUUUAUUUUAGGCCAAUGUUAAAUGCUAACUUUGUAGGAACAGCAGUAUGUGCUGAUUAUUAGAGAAAAUAAUGCUAAAAUUCACCAGAGUGUGUAUUUUUGGCAUGACUAAUGAUUGACUGCAUAGGCAAUCUUAACGUUAAUUUAUGGUAGAAUGUUUAUAUUUUAUUAAAUAGAUUCAGGUAUCAGCUAUAUUUUCUCUUCAGAUAUCUGUCUGAAGUACUCACCGAGGAACUUACAAGAGUAUUAUUUGAUUCGAGAAAACCAUUUUGAGGCGCUCCAUAAUGUAUGUAUUUCAUGCAUCUCGAUUUUGGUUCACAGAUGUUGUACCUUAAAUACGUAUGACUUGCUAAUGCCUAAAUUAGCCACGCAGCUAAUGACAUUUCUGUAAAUGCACAUCCAUAACUUUAUAUGCAGAAAUGUGUUUGCUAAUACUUCUGUGUACAUCCAGCUUCCAACAAUAACGUGUUAAAUACUGUAUUCUCACUCAGUAUUGGGCAGGUGUUUAUCUCCAGAAACAGCAGGCGCUGGCUAAAAUCAGUGGGUGCCAAACUCGUUUGCAUUCAUGGGCAAAAUGGUCCCUUUGUGCUGCCCUUAGAACCUGAAAAGAAUUCAUAAGUAACAGCAAGUAGAUCAAUUUUUUGCAGUCGAGGAAAGAUAAGUGUCAUUUUAUGAUCUAUGUGUGUAAUGAUGAUUUUUUUUUUUUUACAUUGCACUGGACAGUCUAUAGAAGAUUUAUUUUUAAAAGCUUAAAUACAGAAAAAAUUCUUCACUAUUCGAUGUUGGUUUGUAUGAUGCUUUCUGACUGCAGUGUUACUGUUUUAAAUCUUCUCCAGAAAUGGCACUUUUAAUUAAAAAUAUUAAAACAUU